GGAGAGAAAGCUGUGUGAAGCGCGCGGCAGUCUGCGCACUUCACUUCAAGUGGGAAGCUGGGAGUUGGCCCGGUCUUGGCUCCAGGGCGAUGGAGCGCGUGUGCCGUGCCUGGGACGGGGAGUCCUUCACUGAGGACCAGCCAGAGUCGCCGAGUCCCCAGGGCUCCGUAGUCUCCUGGAUCAGCAGGGCUGAGUGGGAGCAAGUGACGGUUUAUCUGUUCUGUGAUGAUCCGAAAUUGCAACAGUACGCGCUGAACCGAAUUUCAGUAUGGAGGAGCAGGUUAGGCAACGAACUGCCCCUGGCAGUGGCUUCUACUGCUGACCUGGUACGAUGUAAGCUCAUCGAUGAAGCCGGUACCUUGGGCCCUGAUGAACUUCGACUGCUCUAUGGCAUGGCAUUGGUCAGGUUUGUGAACCUGAUCUCAGAGAGGAAGACAAAAUCUUCUAACUUUCCCCUCAAAUACCUGGCUCAGGAGGUGAACAUUCCAGACUGGAUUGUUGAGCUGCGCCACAAGUUGACCCACAAGACAAUGCCCCAUAUAAAUGACUGCCGCAGAGGUUGCUACUUUGUCCUCAAUUGGCUCCAGAAGACAUACUGGAACCGUCAACUGGAAGACAGCAUGAAAGAUUCCUGGGAGUUGCAGGUAGAAGACGACCAGGUCGAAGCAGAAGAACCUGAACAAGAGGAAGGUGAAACUAUUGUCGAUGAUGUAGUUGAAGAGAUACCAGAGCUUCAGGAUGAUGACAAAGGUGAAGAGUUGGCUAUCGAGGAUGAUGCAAACACUAAAGACAAUGAAGAGGUGGCUCCUCAUCUAGAACCAUCUCUAAGACAUAAGGAGUUGUAUGAGAAAGCACGAGAAUUGCUGGUAUCCUAUGAAGAGGAACAGUUUAAGGUGCUGGAGAAAUACAGGCAUUUACUUCAGGCUAUUAAGGUGUGGAAUAACCUUUCCCCACGUGUACAAUGUAUCCUAGAAGAACUCAAGAGCAUUUCAUGGGAGAACAGGGAUGCUGUGCUGGAUGCUUUUCUAGAUGAUGGCUUCCUCAUUCCCACUUUUGAGCAGUUGGCAGCUUUGCAGAUAGAGUAUGAAGAUGGUCAGACUGAGGUCCAGAAAGGGGAAGUUACUGAACCAAAUUCACACAAAAACGUCGACGUGAAUGAAGUGUUGGUGCCAAAGCCCUUCUCUCAGUUCUGGCAGCCCCUGCUCAGGGGCCUGCACUCCCAGACCUUCACACAGGCCCUGCUUGAGAGGAUGUUCUCUGAAUUGUCUACCCUGGGGAGCACUGGAAUCCGGCCUACCUACAUCCUUAGAUGGACCGUUGAACUGAUUGUGGCCAACACCAAGACUGGACGGAAUGCUCGGAGGUUUUCUGCAGGCCAGUGGGAAGCAAGAAGGAGCUGGAGGCUGUUCAAUUGCCACGUCAACCUUGACUGGCCUCAGGUGAUCGAGGCCUGCUUAGGCUCACCUUGCUGGGCCAGCUCUCAACUCCUUCAGGUAGUCUUCAAAGCCAUGGGAGAGAUCAUGUCAGAUGAAGAUCAGGAGAAGCUGCUGGAAGUGUGUUCCAUUUAUACUCAGAGUGGAGCGACCAGCGUGGCAAAGGCAACGGAAGGUUCCUCCUCCUCCUCCUCCUCCUCCUUCAUUGGGAAAGCUCCGUACACAUUGGAAGCCUUAAAACAGACCCUACAGCUACGUGGUGCCAACUGUGAGUCUGAAGAAAGUAUUCAGCAGAAGGAGCAAGGCAGCCUUAAGGAUGUCAAGCAAGAGGAGGAGAAGGAGGAAAAGGAAGUCGAGGAGAAGGAGGAGAUGGAGGAGGAAGAGGAGAAGGAGGAGGAGGAAGAGCAGGAGCAAGAGGAGCAUCAGGAGGAAGAACAGGAGUUAGAGGAAGAAGAAGAGCAAAAGGUCUUUCAAGAUCAGAUGGAGGCAGAUGUAGAGGAAAGUGUUGACUUAGAAGAAGAGGAAGUAGAUGAGGAUGAAGAUGAUGAAGAUGACGACUAUGAUGAUGAUGAUGAUGAAGACAGGAUGGAAGCGGGAGAGUUCCCUCUCCUACAGGAAUCCUAUGUUUUUGAGAAUACUAGGACCAUGUCUCGGAAAAGAGAAGCUUUGCAGGGUUCAGCAUGGCAAGUAAGCUCUGAAGAUGUACGAUGGGAUAAAUUCCCUCUAGGCCGACUGCCAGGUCAGACUGAGGAUCCAUCAGAGCUUAUGCUGAAUAAUUAUGAGACCAUGUAUCUUUUGGACCAGCCUGUAAUAGACCACCGGCUAGAAUCCCGGAAGGCCAAGAGUAGCCUAUGUUAUCGUGGCAGCAAUAGCAUUUCUAGCAGUAGCAGCGGUGGCGGCAACAUGGAGGGCCCUCUCUGGAACCAAGGACAAAUGUAUGGGCUCAAAGCUGGCCUGCAGCUCUUCUGAUGGCUGUCCCGAUGCAAGUGUCCAUGUAGCCCUGCCAUUGGCACAGCUCAGUCCAGAAUCUACCCAUGCUACAGACUGUACAACAUGAGAGGUGGAUCAGCCUUAUCAAUUCAACUUUAUACCACAAUGGGAAUUUGAAUGAUUUUUCCCCCCAUUUUCUGUUGUGUUUUGAAAAGUAAUAAACAGAUUUUUGUCAUGGUA